AGGAGGAAGGACUUUUAACACUUAGCUGUGGAGAUGAAUCUUCUCACACGUGUUUUGUUCGGCUGCGCUGUCCUAACUUUGUCCGCGGGAGAAAUGUACACGUCGCUGCUGAACGUCCGGCAGGCGAUCAGCGUGGAACGGAAGCUGAUCGAUGACCUGAGAACUUACAUCGACCACGAGUUUGAGAGGCUGCAGGACAUCAGGCGCUUCUAUGCCAAAGUGUCUGACCUGCACACUGGACUUUACAAAGGCCCGGCGGCUGCGAUGGGGAAUCCGCUGGUGGCCUUCACCCUGAUCAAGCGGCUGCACUCAGAGUGGCUGAACGUCAUCUACAGCAGCGAAGCCUCGGAGAACGCACAAGCCCUCAGGUCCAGUUACGAGGAGGAAGAGGCUGAACUGCCCAAACUGGAAGACCUCCAGGGGGCCGCCAAGGGGCUGAUGAGGCUGCAGGAUGUGUAUGGUCUCCAGGUGAAGAGCCUCGUCAGGGGUCGCUUCCAGAGAGUCACAGAUGGAAAACCUGCAGAUAUCUGCGUUCCCACGAUCUCUGUGCCACUGUCUGGUGAUGACUGCUUUCUGGUUGGAAAGGUGGCCUACGAGCAAAAGGACUACUACCACUCGGUGCAGUGGCUGGAGGAGUCGGUGCGUCUCUUCAGAGGAGUCGAGUGGAGCCCGGAGAAUGAAGGCACUUUGGAGGAUGCUUUGGAUCACCUGGCCUUCUCUCACUUUAAAACAGGAAACGUCUCCUACGCUCUGAGUCUCUCUCAGGAGCUGCUGCAUCACGAUCCAAAGAAUUGGAGAGUUCUGCAGAAUGUUGAGAAAUACGAGAAGCUGCUGGUUUCUGAGAGUCCACACAGCAGCAACGGGCUGAUAAGACCUUCAUCCAAUCACUUGAGGACAAGGGACACUUACGAGAAUCUCUGUCGGACCCAAGGCUCUCAGCCAAUGCAUUUUGAAAACCCCAGACUAUUCUGCGACGACUUCACCAAUGGCGACCCCGGCCUGCUGCUGAAGCCAGUGAGACGCGAGGUGCUGAGCCUGCAGCCGUACGUGGUCCUCUACCACGAUUUCAUCACUCGCUCGGAGGCUGAGGACAUCAAGCAGGUCGCCCAGCCGGGAUUGAGAAGGUCUGUGGUGGCAGCUGGAGAGAAGCAAGCAACGGCAGAAUAUCGCAUCAGCAAGAGUGCCUGGCUGAAGAACUCAGCCCACUCCACCAUUGGGAAGCUGGACCACAGGAUCUCCAUGAUCACAGGCCUGAACGUACAGCACCCGUACAGCGAGUACCUCCAAGUGGUGAAUUAUGGGAUUGGUGGCCAUUAUGAGCCUCACUUCGAUCACGCUACGUCACCUUCCAGUCCUGUGUACAAGCUGAAAACUGGGAAUCGGGUGGCAACCUUCAUGAUAUAUCUCAGCUCUGUCGAGGCAGGUGGCUCCACGGCCUUCAUCUACGCCAACUUCAGCGCUCCUGUCGUGGAGAGAGCUGCCAUCUUUUGGUGGAACCUCCACAGAAAUGGGGAGGGAGACGUCGACACCCUGCACGCCGGCUGCCCCGUGCUCAUUGGAGAUAAAUGGGAGUCCCUGUUAUACAGGAGUGAACAGCUCGGCCACAUCUGUGCUGCAUUAUGCAUUUGGAGAUGUUACUGUUGAGACACUGAGCUCAUCUUGGAAGCUGAACAUCUGCUGCUGGUUGGCCCGGGCCGUCGAACUCCCAACUCUGAAACGUGUGUCACAGACCCAGUUAAAAUAACAGGAGGAUAUUAAUCAUCACAAAGUAGCUGCAGGAGCAUUCGCUGGCUGUGUUGUUUUUAGCGACUAAAUAUAUAUAUCAUCAGAAUGAAUGUUAAAGCUUUACUAAGUGGAAUAAAUAUUGGUCCUUUGGUUAAACUAAUAAUGGUGCAAUCUAGAAAUAAGUCCUUCAUUUAGUAUUUAAGUUAAGUAGUUAGGUUUCUCAGUUUAAUGAUUGUUCAGCAGACAUUCCACAUAUAACUUAUUUUAUUAUCCGGUGUAAUAUUAUUGGAUUGUUCUUAUUAUUGUAAGCAGCAUUUAAAGUAUAGCUUUUAGAGGCUCAGCUAAUUUGAUCAAAUGUUUACAUAUCGUGGAUUCAGAAAUGUGUAAUAUUUCCCAUGGGGAAUAUCAAAGGUAAAAACUAAGUAGAAUGAAAUAGAAAUACUUACUUGUUUUCAAGUACAAUUUAUACAUGUACAUUUUCUACCCAGGUAUUCACUGCAUCAAGGAGUAUACUUCUACGAUUGUACAUCAAACACAAUUAUCCAAAUUCCAAAAAGAAAAACUUAAUUAAUCUCUUUUUGUCUUGAAAUAUAUAUAUAAAGAUACUUUGAAUCUGUUUGUAUG